CAAUGCAUUAUUGAUAAUAAUAAUUACUUUGACAUGCGCAUUUCUACUCAAGGGGCUAAUUUCCCCCAACCUGGAGAAUUUCUAAAGGAGAGGGACUAAAUAGUCUUACUAUUCGCCCCUGAUGGUUGUAGUACCAUGUCGCGGCGCAAGCAAUCCAAACCGCAGCAUAUCAAUUCAGACGAGCCCGCUUCGACAGAAAACGGGAUCUUGCACAACGGUCAAGGUGAGGAGGAUGGCAAUGAGGCUAAGAGACGACGAUCGGAGGAGACAAGGGUUUGUGACAAAUGUUGCGCCGAGUUCUUCGAUGAGGCAGAGUUUCUCGAACAUGAGAGAAAUUGCACUAAGAGUCAGCAGGUCGUGAUCAUGAAAAAUGGCGAUGGGAAUGAAGUGCCCUCCGAGUUCUCCCAGCAUUCUCCAGGUGAUUUCCUGGGUGAUAAUGGGGAUCAGUCAACCAGUAAUUCCCAUUCAAAGCACAGUGCAGAUUCUGAGGAGAUGGAAGGAGAACUCAUGCUGAACCAGGAUGACCCUUCAAAUCAAGAUAGAGUUGUGUCUGGCAGUUCAGACGUGGGGUACAUGGCAUCUUCCAAAUUGCAAGACUCUAAUGUGACUCUUGAGUCCAUGGCUGCUACUAAAGUUGCUGUAACACAACACUCAUCCAGCUCGUCCAAUCAGAAGUCUCCACCCCCACAACCACACCAAGAUGCCCUUCUUGCAAUCCCCAUGAUCCUGGAACAGCUGGUCAGUCUCCAGCAGCAGCAACUGCAGCAGAUUCAGCUAACUGAGCAGAUACGCCUCCAAGUGGCCAUGAUGACACCUCAGAGCUUCCACUCCGCACUGGGUGCCGCUGUGGAUCCACUGAAAGCACUGGGUGCGCAUCUAUCACAGCAGCUUUCGGCCGCAGCUGCCCUCAUUGGCAAACGGACGGGCUCCCAGAACUUGUCCUUGGAAGCCUUAAAACAAGCAAAGCUACCUCAAUCAGCCACCAUCCCCACAUCCCUCGCUGGAGGUUUGGGCUCGGUGCCCUUAAAAGCAGACUUGAAAGGACUCCCCGAUUUAGCUAGUCGACUUCCAGUGCUCCUUCCUCAAUCUCCAGGGGUCAUGGGAUUGCAGAGUCCCUUUAAUACCCUUGCAGCAAGCAUGGAUUCCUCUAAAAAGGCAAAAAAUAAGAUCCCUGCCGCGUCGGAGUCCAAAAAUGGCUCUGGUGAACAUAUGUUCAAGCACAAAUGCAAGUUCUGUGGGAAGACAUUUGGAAAUGACAGCGCUCUCCAAAUCCACUUGCGCUCACACACUGGUGAAAGGCCCUUUAAAUGUAACAUCUGCGGAAACCGUUUCACAACCAAAGGAAACCUCAAAGUGCAUUUCCAGAGGCACAAAGAAAAAUACCCACACAUUAAGAUGAAUCCACAUCCUGUACCAGAACACCUGGACAACAUGCCGACAAACAAUGGCAUCCCUUAUGGCAUGUCUGUGCCCAUAGAUGAGAGCAAUUUUGCUGACACCAACCCAGUGCUGGGGCUUCCCUCGACAGGUCUCCAUCCACCAGUGCUCCAAGGAUUCAAGCCCUCAUAUGAUGUUCCAGUAGGUGGGGACCUCUACUCCCAGAGGCCUUCUUCAUCUGGCAGCGACGGUGCAUCAAUUUCUUCUGGCAUGUUCAGUCAGGAGAUGGUGGGACUAGAUCAAAGCAAAGAUUCCUCGGAUGCGCUGGCUGGAUUGCACCACAUAAACGUUAAUGGUCUACAUGGUGAAAAUGGCUCUGAUACUGCAAAACUUCAGCAGAUGGUGGAUGGCUUGGAGACGAAGACAAAUGACCCUAAUGAAUGUGUUAUUUGCCAUAGAGUGCUGAGCUGCCAAAGUUCCCUCAAAAUGCAUUACCGCACACACACUGGUGAACGACCGUACAAAUGCAAAAUUUGUGGCAGGGCUUUCUCCACCAAGGGCAAUCUUAAAGCUCAUUAUGGUGUUCACAGGGCCAACACUCCCCUUAAGAUGCAACACUCGUGCCCGAUUUGUCAUAAGAAGUUCACCAAUGCCGUCGUCCUCCAGCAGCAUAUUCGUAUGCACAUGGGCGGCCAGAUUCCCAACACCCCUCUGCCAGAGAAUCAGUUUGAGAGUCCCGAAGCACUGGAUGCCAGCAUGACUGAGGAUAAGAGCAUUGACUCCACUGGCCAUGAAGAGAGUAUGGAAGAGCAAGACUUGGAUUUGGACAAUCAAGAGAAGCUGAACAACUCUACAGAGCCCCAGCCUGGUGCCAAAGAAGAUCAGACUUUCCAAGGUCCACCUUCUAUGUUUACAGGCAUCGCCGCUCUGGAGAACCACAUGAAGAGCCUCACCUCCGCACUGAACCUGCAACGGCAAAGCAGCACAGCUUCUGAGAGCGAUAGUGGGCUGAAAGAUUCUCCUUCAGGGUCUGGAGAAAUGGACUACAAGAAUGGCCGCAGUCCGGCUGUGUCCGAUUCCGUGUCCUUUCACUCUUCGUCCCCUAUAGAUGGUCCCCUGAGUAACGGACAGUCAAAAUCACCAGAAUCCACAAACCCAGAUGAUGGACUCCAAUCCAGACCAGACUCUGAUGCACCUCAAGAUUUUGGCGAAAACAGUGGAGCACUGGACUUGACGUCAAGUUUUACUCCAAAACCAAUCAAAGAGGAGCCAGGCCUGUCCUUCUCCAAUGGCGAAUAUGGUUCUAGUCAGUUACCAUUCAUGAGGGUGCCUCCAAGUCUGGUCAAACUGGAGAUGCAGAUUCCUCCUGAGACUCCCAUGGGUGCUCACGGCCUGUACAGCUCCCAGCUGCCCCAAGGAGCUGCCACUCCUCCUGCUACUUCUAGUGCUCCUCGUCGCUCCACCAAGCAACAUCUCUGCAACUCCUGUGGGAAGAACUUUUCAUCUGCCAGCGCCCUGCAAAUCCAUGAACGUACACACACGGGCGAGAAGCCAUUCGUCUGUACAAUUUGUGGCAGGGCUUUCACAACAAAGGGAAACCUUAAGGUGCAUGUUGGGACCCACAUGUGGAAUAACACAGCAAGGCGAGGUCAACGGCUCUCGUUGGAUAACCCAAUGGCUUUGAUGGCCAUGGGCGCAGAGUCCAAGAUGAAACCAGACAUGCUGCCGCCCCCAAAGGAUUUGAUUCCCCCACCGAUUAAUUUCGACCCAUCGAUGUGGAACCAGUACGCCGCUGCCUUCACAAACGGGCUGACCAUGAAGACCAAUGAGAUUUCGGUCAUCCAAAAUGGCGGCAUCCCUCUCCCAGGAAGUCUCGCUGGAGGUCCUUUAUUGGGUUCUACUGGGGGAAUAACCAAGAUGGAGACCUCUCAGAUGGGCAUCCCUGGCACAGUUGCAGAAAUGGAAAAGAAUGGCUCUGACAGCAUAGCAAAGUUUCCACAUUUUAUGGAGGAGGGUAGAGUGAAUUAGACAGUAAAAGGACUACAGAUGUUCCCAAUCAACGGUCUGCAUUGUGCUAAUGAGCCUGCUGAAAUGUUAGGAACUGGGCUAUUUAUUAGUUGGUACAAUCAAUUCCUACAUGUAACAUUGCUUUUAAGAAGUUGCAAAUUUACAUACCCUUCUUAAAUGAGCCUAUACCCUAGAAUGGGCCAUGCCUUCCAUAUUGGACCCUUACAUGCUAUCGAUUUCUUCUAGUUGAAUCUGAUCUAACUACUGUAGUGUUUUGUUUUUCUCCCCUCCUUUCUCUCUCUAACAUAUGCGGGUAUUUUGUCAAGUUUUAUUUCUAGAAGUUGAAUGUAAGUCUUACUUGAAAUAGCUUUAUUCCAGAGCAGUCUCAUUAGUGAUCGUUACAUUGGGCUCAGCUCUUUGACCCUCAGGAUGAUCUUAGCCACAGGUGACCAGAGAUCUCAAUGUUUUAACCGUUAACAUCUUGUUCAUCUCUGCUUGACUACUCCUGGUCCUGUUGUUAGUUGUUUGAAUAAACUUUAUUAGUCAAAAAUAAUAUCCAUGGCAUAGAUGUCAUACAACAAAGGUGUUUGUGGAAUAUGUGCCUAGAUAAAUUGACCAUUCCACACAAUCUACUGAAGAUUACAGUUUAAUUGAUGGACUUUAAUGAGUAGUUGUAGUAUAGGUUUGUUUUGAAACUGGAUUUCACUAAGUUAUUAAUUAUUAUUUUUUUUUUGGACUUGAUAUAGUUUCUAUUUUGCGCUUAAUACCAAAAAUGAUUUUGCUAAGUGCCUGUCUUGGAGUGCUUUUCUCACUCCUCUGUAUUUUCCUCCCCCCUCGCCCUCACAAAAGACACCACAGGAUUGUAAUAAAGGCCUUUCUUUUAGACCACAAUGUGGGUUUUUUUUUUUUUUUUUUUUUUUUCCUCCAUUUAGCUAUAGCUUUUUCAAGAAGUCAUUAAUUGUUCUUUUUUUGAAAAUGAUUUAAUUUGUAGUCGUUUUCUUGCUUUCAGUGAUCUUUAUCAAAUAUUAGAUUGAGUCGCUUUCAUUUGAGACCUUUUAAUCGGAGGUCAAAAGGCCGGUGUAAUACUGAAAUGCCUAAUCAUUCCUUGCACUUUAUUUUUCCUCAUUCUGCUAAGAUCUGAUAUAAACCAGGCUUAUGCCAUUUAUUCUAUGAACGUUUGUUUCUUGGACUCGUCAUUUAGAGAGCAUUUGCUUGCUUGCUGCCGUUUUAGGACCCAGAGAGUUUUAGAAUUCUGUAAAUUUGCCAUUUACCAUGCAUUUUAUACUUGUGAGCUAAGCAGGCAUGCAUAUCUAGUCCCAAAACAUCAGCAGUCAUUCUUAUUCUGGGAAAAAGUCAUGGUUUGCUACCCAGUUGUGUAUUGUUGUGGGGAAAUGUUUUUGAGAUCGUAGCCAUGCAUUCUUGAGUUAAAGGAAUGAACGCGUGUAUGCACGCAGAGUAUCUAAACCGUAAAGACUUUACGCUGGUCAAAUUUCUACCUCAUUUAGAAUUUUAUUUUUUUUCCUUUUUUUUUUUUUAUUUUUUUAUUUUUUUUUAUUUUUUUUGCAUUGUGUUUGGAGUUAUGGAUGCAUUGUGCCCCGUAACCUGCUGAUUUCUGUAAUAUAAUGAAUGUAUCGCCAGACACUUUGCACAACACUUGUUCAAAAUAGGCAGACUCCUCCUGUACAUUCUCUUUCUAAUAUGCUAAUAUGCAUUUACCAAGUUGUGCCUUUUUUUUCUAGAUGGAAAAGGGGGAAAAAAGGUGGUGUCAGAUCUUGGUUAAAUGGGGUCAUGUCUGUAUGAUUGUUCAAAUGUUGAGUCUGUUUUAGGCUUGUUUACAGUGUAGACUUUUUGUAAAUGUUUGCUUUUUGUUUGUUCCCCUUCCGUUCCGAUAUUUUGAGAAUAAAACCAAGGAUGACUUUUCCAAAA